AUGGUCUUGAGCGAAAUAAACGACGAUUUGCCAAACAUUGAUUUGCAGGAUUGCCGGAAAAUUCUGACAAGAUUAUUGAAAUAUCCGCCAUCUCAGAUCAAAGAUGCAUCAUUAUGUCAAAUGAUUGAAGAUGUUC